AUGACGCAACUACUACCAGAACGCCGGAUGUUUCUGACCAAAAACGCGUCGAUAGCUUUUUUGAAAAGUCAAGUAUACCGUAAACCCAAAGCUGCAGCCUCAUUUUCUACUCCACAGCCAUUGACUGUGCUUGUGGAAAUGAGGCUGUUGCCGCGCGACAAAGCCUUUGCUACUUCUUCUUCUACACUUUCAGUUGCCAAAUCUGAGUCGAUUUCUGUCAGCCAACAUAUUAGCUACCUACAGGCCCAAAAUCCUCCAAUGAGCAUUCCACUCUUUUCAUGGCUUUUCUUGAUGCUAUGCCUACUUUUUCCCAGUUUCUGUAUCUAUGUGGUGUCGGGACAGUGUCUCGGCGAUCAGCAAGCCUUGUUGCUCCAAUUGAAGAACAGCCUCGAAUUUGACAGGGAUUUGUCCACAAAACUGGUGCAUUGGAAUCAAAGAGCUGAUUGCUGUUCAUGGAAAGGUGUAACCUGCAGCCAAGGACGUGUUAUUGGUCUCGACCUAAGCAGUGAAUCAAUCUACCGUGGAUUUGACAAUUCAAGCAGCCUUUUCGGUCUUCAGUAUCUCCGGCACUUGAAUUUGGCUUAUAACGACAUUUCCUACCAGAUUCCAUCCCAAUUUGACAAGCUUACAAACUUGAAUUAUUUGAACCUGUCAAAUGCUGGCUUUAAGGGGCAGAUUCCAAUUGCGAUUUCACACUUGACAAGGUUGGUUACUCUUGAUUUAUCUACUGGUUACAACCACAUGAUUCCUUCACUGAAACUUGAGAAUCCAAAUCUAAAUAUGCUCGUUAAGAAUCUUUCGAAUCUUAUAGAACUUCAUCUUGAUGGUGUUAAGUUAUCAGCAAAAAAGAAUGAAUGGUGUCGAGCAUUAUCAUCUUCAUUGUCAAAUUUGAGAGUGUUGAGCUUGUCAAAUUGUCUUCUUUCAGGGCCUCUUGAUUCCUCAUUACUCAAUAUUCAGACUCUCUCCAUUAUUCAUCUGAAUUAUAACAAUUUCUCUGCUCCAGUUCCAAAACUUUUUGCAAAUUUCAAAAAUUUGAUGUCCUUGGAUCUUAGUUAUUCUAGGUUGAAUGGAAAAUUUCCAGAAAAGAUCUUCCAAAUUCCAACACUCCAAACACUUGACUUAUCAGGCAAUGACCUACUUCAGGGUUCAUUGCCAGAAUUUCCAUGGAAUGGAUCUCUUCGAAUGUUGGUGCUUAGAGAGACAAACUUUUCAGGGACAUUGCCACAUUCUAUUGGUAACCUAAAAAUGUUGUUCGAAGUAGGUCUUUCAGAUUGCAAUUUCAAUGGAUCAAUCCCAAAGUCAAUGGCAAGCCUCACACAAUUGCUUUAUUUGGACAUGGCAAACAAUAACUUUGAUGGAUCAAUUCCGUCACUCAGCAUGGUCAAGAAUUUGACCACAAUAAACCUUUCCAAUAAUGAUUUAACAGGUCAGAUUACUUCCACUCGGUGGGAAGAACUUUCAAAUCUGGUGGUUCUUGACUUGAGUUACAAUUCACUGGAAGGGAGUGUUCCAAUUUCUCUAUUUUUCCUUCCAUCAUUGCGGAGAUUACAACUUUUCAAUAACCAAUUUUCUGGUCAACUCACUGAAUUUUCAACUGUUUCUUCUUACCUAUUGGACACCAUUGAUUUGGGUCGUAACAACUUGGAAGGGCCAAUUCCCAUUUCAAUCUUUCAACUCCAAAGUCUUGAGAGACUCUCACUUUCUUCGAACAACUUUAGUGGCUCCUUGCAACUUAAUGUGAUUAUGACUAUGAGAAAUCUUUCAGUUCUCGAUCUUUCCCACAAUAGCUUGGUGAUUGAAUAUAUUGAAACCAAUUCUUCGUUAUCUGCCUUUCCUCAAAUUACCACAUUAAGCUUGGCUUCUAGCAAGUUGAAAACAUUUCCUCACUUCUUGAUGAAUCAAUCCACAUUAACAGAUCUAGACCUUUCAGAUAACCAGAUUCAUGGAAAGAUACCCAAUUGGAUCUUGCAACUUCCUAAUCUUUACUCAUUGAAUCUUUCUUAUAACUAUCUAGAGACUUUAGAUUUGCCUUUACUCAACAUGUCUUUUGUGAGUGUCCUAGACCUUCGCUCCAACCAUCUCCAAGGGCAACCCUUUGUUUUCCCAGAAUAUGCUAAAUACUUGGAUUUCUCAAGGAAUAAUUUCAGCUUUGUCAUACCAGCUAGUAUUGGUAAUUCUAUUUCUUUCACUUCUCUCCUCUCUCUUUCAAGCAAUAAAUUUUAUGGGCACAUCCCUAGAUCAAUAUGCAAUGCUACAUAUCUUCGUGUUCUAGAUUUGUCUAAUAAUAUCUUGAGUGGUACGAUUCCCCAAUGCUUGUUUAAGUUGAGUGAGACUCAAGAGGGGUUGAAUAGAAGUUUAGGGGUGCUGAAUCUAAGGAGAAACAACUUCACUGGUGCAAUUUCUAAUACGUUUCCAAGAAAAUGUGGAUUACAAACUUUAAAUCUCAAUGGAAACCAAUUAGAAGGAAAGCUACCGAAAUCUCUGGCCAAAUGCACAGCUUUAGAAGUUUUAGACCUUGGGAACAAUCACAUUGAGGAUGCCUUCCCAUGUUACUUGAAGAAUAUAUCCAUGUUGCACGUCCUUGUUCUGCGAUCUAACAUUUACGGGCCCAUUGAUUGUUCGGGUCAUAAUGCCUCUUGGCCGAUGCUUCAAAUUGUAGACCUUGCAGCAAACAAUCUCACUGGUAAGCUUCCAAUAAAAUACUUUUCUGAUUGGAAAGCCAUAACAGAUGAUAAAAAUGAGGCCCAAUCUCAGCUCAAUCACCUUCGAUUUGAAGAUGAGUCUCUGGAUAUUUAUUAUCAAGAUGUGAUAACUGUUACCAUCAAAGGUCUAGAGGUCGAGCUAGUGAAGAUCCUAUCUAUCUUCAACUCUCUUGACUUUUCAUGCAACAAUUUUGGGGAGAUUAUACCUGAAGAAAUAGGAGAACUCAAAUCACUAUAUAUUCUCAACUUGUCGCAUAAUGCAUUUAUGGGUCAAAUCCCCCCAUCUCUUGGCAAAUUGAGUCAGCUUGAGUCAUUAGACUUAUCAAACAAUGACCUUAUUGGUGAGAUCCCUGUUUGA